AUGUAAGCAAAAUGUCACGCGGCUUGGUGGUAAUGACCGGCUGUUUUAACGCUAUAUCGGUCGGUUGGGUAAAACAUUUGGUUUGGUGAUUUUGUGAUGCAAAUUACUGCCGGCCGGCUAGCCAGUAGUUUUUUGCGUCCAUCCCAAGAGAACGGAUCACCGGUGUUGGGAAGUGCAUCAGUUCAAGCCAGUAUAUUUAAAACGUACCAGGAGAGCAAAAUGCUCAAAUUGAGCGUUUUUGCUCUGCUUCUUCUGUCGGUCGUAGUGAAAGCAGAUUAUGGAGGCACAUAUAGCUGUUAUUCCGGAAGAAAGGAGUGUAAAUUGACUAAUCUGAAAUAUGAGUCACGUGAUGCAGUGGCAAGCAUUACCAUUCAUGGCGGUAAUGGACCCUUUUUAGAUAUUGAGUUUACGGACUCUUCAUUUCCAAUUAUUCCUCCGUCGUUGUUUCGUGACAAUGAUAAUGUUCGAUCGCUCUCGGUGAAAGAAUGUGAAAUCGAAGCAAUAGAAGCAGGGACGUUCGAGAAUGCCAGGGAGCUGAAAUUUCUGAAGAUUCAGAAGAAUUGGUUGACCAAAUUGUUUAACGACAUGUUCAAGGAAACUAAGCUAGCAAAGGUUAAUUUCGGAAACAAUCGUAUUACAGAAAUAGAAGAGUUUUCUUUCAGAGGAUGCAGAGAUUUGGAUACACUGAGGCUGUCCAAAAACAGGAUUAAAAUACUUCCAGCCCAGUUAUUUUCCGGAUUGACGUUACUGGAAGAUUUGCAUCUGGACCACAACCGCAUUGAAGAUCUGGAAGAGUUUUUGUUUCGUGAUUUGGCGAAUUUGCAAGAUUUGGAUCUGGAGCAUAAUUUCAUUGGCAGGCUGAAGCAAAACACCUUUUCUGGAUUAUCCAACCUACGGAAACUUGUUUUGAAGGACAAUGAAUUAUCUUCAAUCGAUGAACAAGCAUUUCAUCCGUUGAUCAAUUUGGUUGAGCUUGAUUUAGAAGAAAACAACAUCCAGGUUUUAGCUCCAGAAACUUUUACCAGAUUAACCUAUCUAAAAGAACUUGUGCUAACUGAAAACUACAUCGAAGAACUUAAUGAUCACAUAUUUGAACAGAACGGAAUGCUGCAAACUCUGAUUUUGAACAAUAACUCAAUAGAAGUUCUACGACCUACGCUGCUGUCGAGACUUCCCAGACUGGAACAGCUAUCUAUUCAGUUCAACGAACUUGCUAGUUUGGAGGACAAUUUGUUUUCCAAUAACCACAAUCUCGAAACCUUGAACUUUGAAGGUAACGUCAUCAGCCGUAUAUCUCCGCGAGCGUUCGCCAACCUAAGGCGUUUGGAAAUUUUAGAUUUGGAUGACAAUAAUAUAGCCUCACUUGAUGGUGGUAUUUUCAGCGAUUUGAACGGACUGGAAAAACUCUUUUUGGAAAACAAUCUUCUACGUGAUUUGCGUGCUGGAUCUCUUCAAGGAUUAAACAAUUUGAGGAAACUGUAUCUCAACGAUAAUCUGAUUCGUAGCGUUGAUGCGUCUUUCUUCAGCGAAGUACCACAAUUAAAAAGCCUUUCCUUGGAAGAUAAUCUGAUCGACGUUUUGCCAAAGAAUCUAUUUUUAAAUUUGGGCAGAUUGGAAGAACUUUCGUUGAGUGAUAAUAAUCUGAUCGAUUUGGAUGACGACAUAUUCCGUGGAGCAUCCGGAUCAUUGCAAGAGCUUUACCUGACAAACAAUAAACUGACUACCAUUCGAUCAACUACCCUCAACUUAGGAUCUUUGGAAUAUCUGGAACUUGCUGAAAACUAUUUAGAAGACCUACCCCGCACUGCUUUUGAAAACUUGAGAAGGCUAGACUCGUUAGAUCUAGAUGAUAACAAAUUCAGCAAUAUACCAGAGGCUAUUCGUGGGUUACAUAAUCUGAAAGAACUGGAAAUAGCAGGAAACCGGAUUACACGCCUUGAUACUCAACUUUUGAACUCACUUCAAAAUCUCAAAGAGCUAGAUUUGUCCGAUAAUCGGCUAACCGACAUCCCAAACGAUGCUUUCAUGAACUUGAGAAACCUCAAAGAAUUAUACCUGGACGAAAACCGAAUAAGAAAGGUUUCCGACAAUUCUUUCAUGCAGAAUCGCAACAUGAAAAAACUGGAUUUAAGUAAAAAUAAAAUUGAUGAGUUGAACCAGAAAAUGUUCUCGGGAUUGUAUAACCUCGAAGAGUUGGAUUUAAGCGAUAAUCCCAUUCAGCAUGUGAACGAUUAUGUAUUCAGAGAUUUAUCAAGGUUGGAGUCGCUGUCAUUGCGCAACUCCACUCUUAGUCACAUCCCUAGAAGCUCAUUUUUGGGACUUUCAGCAUUGGAAAAACUAGACUUGGAUGCAAACCUAUUGAAAGAACUCAACGAUGGAAUGUUCAGAGGCUUGGAAAAUAUAGAAGAUUUAUACGUUAACAACAACCCGUUGACUGAUGUUCAUCCCAGCACGUUCCAUCAAAUGGGAAAUCUUCAAGUUCUGAGCAUUGGACCAAACGAUCUUACUAAUUUUGAGAAAGAUUUAUUCCAAUAUUCUCUCCGCUUAGAGGAGCUCUAUAUCAGUGGAGUUGAAUUCAGCUCCCUUCCUCGUGGAAUUUUCCGUCCGACUCGCAAAUUGGAGGUCUUAUCCAUCAAUAACAAUAAGAAGUUGACUGCAGUAGACAAGGAAUGGUUCAAGGACCUUCCAAAUUUACGAGUGCUCAAUUUGGUGAACAAUAGCAUUGCCAAUUUUCAAGCAGGAGUGUUCGACGAUAUAGAUGAUAUGGAAAACCUCUUCCUUUCGGAUAAUGCUGUACAAUCGCUAGAUGUGAAAUUAUUCUCAAAACUUCUUCGACUAGAAGCACUCGAACUUGCGGGAAUGUCGCUCUCGAAACUACCUGUUGGAAUUUUUGAUAAUCUUGUAGAUUUAGAACUGCUGGAUUUAAGUAGAAACCAGCUGAAUGCCCUAGAUGAUCGUAUUUUCCACAAUCUAUUUUCUUUGGAGGAAAUUUCCCUCUCAUCCAACGGAAUUGCCUCACUCAGUGCUGCCUUGUUCUAUGGACUGCGAAACCUUGAUGAAGUAGAUCUGAGUAAAAAUAAACUGAUUUCUAUGGAUCCAUCUCUAUUCCGCGACUGUCCUAAUCUAAGGUCCUUGAACUUAUCGGGAAAUCGAUUUGCAACGUUCGAUCUACCCAAAAUGAGUUUUGCGAAAACAUUGGAAGACUUGGAUGUGUCCCAGAAUAUGUUAACAUCGAUUUACAUCACUGAAGAGCUCUACUCCAUGAUUGCGGACGAUAAUCAAAUUAGUUCUGUCACGGUAGAUGCAUCUCCCGCUUACAACUUGGAGUUACUAUCGCUUUCAAACAAUCGCAUAUCAGAUAUUUCUCCAAUUGCUCGCUUGACCAACCUGGAGUCAUUGAACAUAUCUCGAAAUGACCUGCAGCACUUUGAAUUGGGACGACUGAUUAAUGCAUUAGAUGAACUGGAAGCACUCAACAUAUCGCAUUGCAAGGUCUCCUCCAUCGACGCGCAAGGAUUGACAACUCACGAGUCUAUGAUGGAAUUGGAUAUCUCCAACAAUGAACUCGCUAUGCUGGAUUUCGAUAUGAUCAAAAAUUUCCCGGAUGUGGAAACAGUUGUGCUCGGCGGCAAUCGCUUCAAUAAUUUGGAUUUUGAUAGACUGUUGGAUACCUUGAAAGACAUUGAACUGGUGGGCCUGCAAGGCACGGAAUGGGACUGCACUUCAUUGGACCGUGCUGCGAACAUCUUCGAAGACAAUAACGUAGGUUUUUGGAGAAAUGGUGCUACCGAAUCUUGCCCGGGAGGAAGCGUCAGUGGUAUCUGUUGCAAGUAGCGUAUUGAAAAAAGCUGAUUCAGGCCGAUUGUAAAAAAGAGUAAUCAUCCGAAGGCUAUGAAAUGAUUGAUUUAUUUUGUCUAAGAACGAGUUGAAAAAAAAAAUCAGUGGAUAGAAAUGAAUACAUAUCUAUUCAAAAGUUCACACUGCGCGAUUCGUUCUACUUUUCAUUGUUCCCCGAAAAUAAAGCAAAAAAGCAGGGAAUCUCACAUCCAGUAGCUUUGAUUUAUUGUCGAAAAAAUAAACCAUUUUUUGCUGCUCAUCAAUGA